AUGGCUUCUGCAUACAAGUCCGCCAUGCGCUCAGCCGACCCAGAAGACUCCGAUGACAGCAGUACUACCCUCCGCGCUGACUCCUCCGAUUCAUCCGACCAUGAAGAGACUGCGAAAAGGAAUGGAAAUCUGUCCGACCUUCCGUUGGAAUUGAGGAAUCGGGUAUUGAUGUUGACUUCUCGUGGUGUUUCAUACAGGCACCGGCACCUCUUGACCGACCUCCACGCUCUUCUUCCUCACACCUAUAAGGAUACCAAGCUCGACACCAAAUCGAACAACAAUUACAACUCUGCUCUCAAUGGAUUGGCCGACCUCCAUUCCUGCAACUAUAUCUUCUUCUUGGAAGCUCGUAAACACGGUCAGGAUCUAUACCUCUGGCUUGCACAGCCACCGAAUGGACCCACGAUCAAGUUCAACGUCACAAAUUUACAUACCAUGGGCGAAUUGGGAUUCGGAGGGAAUUGUCUGAAGGGAGGAAGAGGGAUCGUUGUGUUUGACAAGAGCUUUGACGAGAACCUGGCGGGUCAAGAGCAUCUCGCACUUAUCCGAGAGAUGUUGCGUGGCGUAUUCUGUGUUCCUUCGAAGGGGGUGCGAGGGAUGAAACCUUUCAUUGAUCGAGUCAUCGGUAUCUAUGGUCUUGACGGCAAAAUUUGGAUCCGAGUGUACGAGAUCCGUGAGUCUGAGCCCGACAAGACCAGCAACGUGACUGUCGAAGGAGCCGAGGUCUCUCUCGUUGAGAUUGGCCCACGUUUCGUCUUGACCCCCGUGGUCAUCCUGGAAGGAAGUUUUGGAGGUCCUGUCAUUUUCGAAAACAAGCAAUUUGUUAGUCCCAACCAGCUGCGUAGAGAGACAAGACUCCGCCACGCUCAGAAAUAUGCAAGCCGUCGAAGCGAGGCGGAGCAUUUCGCUGUCAAGAAGAAGUCUUUGGGCCUCAAUACUGGAACAAAGCGGAAGGUAUCUGCGAUUGGCAACAGUACACUUUUUGGCUGA